GGCGCGCCAGUCCCGGGCCGCGCGCCGCUCGCUCAUGUUGUGCCUCGCGCGCCCGCUGCUGCUCCGCGCGCCCCGUCCCGCCGCCGCCGCCAUGAGCACCGGGACCUUCGUCGUGUCGCAGCCGCUCAACUUCCGCGGCGGGGCCCGCGUGAGCCCGGCCGACGAGUCGGGCAGCGAGAAGGCGUUCGAGCCCGCCACGGGCCGGGUGAUCGCCACCUUCCCCUGCUCCGGAGAGAAGGAGGUAAACCUCGCGGUGCAGGAUGCCCAGGCCGCCUUCAAACUCUGGAAGCAGAAGUCAGGCAUGGAGCGCGGCCAGAUCCUUCUGGAGGCCGCCAGGAUCAUCCGGGAGCGGAAGGAUGAGAUCGCCGUGAUGGAGACCAUUAACAACGGCAAGUCGGUCUUCGAGGCGCGCCUGGACGUGGACACGGCCUGGCAGUGCCUGGAGUACUACGCGGGGCUGGCCGGCUCCAUGGCGGGCGAGCACGUGCAGCUGCCCGGUGGGUCCUUCGGCUACACCCGGCGGGAGCCCCUCGGGGUGUGCGUGGGCAUCGGGGCCUGGAACUAUCCCUUCCAGAUCGCGUGCUGGAAGUCGGCGCCUGCCCUGGCCUGCGGUAACUCCAUGGUCUUCAAGCCGUCGCCGUUCACGCCCGUGUCCACCCUACUGCUGGCCGAGAUCUACACGCAGGCCGGGGCGCCCCCGGGGCUGUUCAACGUGGUCCAGGGUGGGGCCGUCACCGGGCAGCUGCUGUGCCGCCACCCCGACGUGGCCAAGGUCUCCUUCACGGGGAGCGUGCCCACGGGCAGGAAGAUCAUGGAGCUGUCCGCUCAGGGCAUCAAGCCGGUCACGCUGGAGCUGGGCGGCAAGUCCCCGCUCAUCAUCUUCUCGGACUGCCACCUCGAGAACGCCGUCAAGGGCGCGCUGAUGGCCAACUUCCUCACGCAGGGCGAGGUCUGCUGUAACGGCACGAGGGUGUUCGUGCAGAAGGACAUCGUGGAGCGCUUCACGGCCGAGGUGGUCAAGCACACGCAGCGCAUCAAGAUCGGGGACCCCCUCCUGGAGGACACGCGCAUGGGGCCCCUCAUCAACCGGCCGCACCUGGAGCUGGUGCUGGGCUUCGUGCGGGAGGCGAAGGCGCAGGGCGCCAAGGUGCUGUGUGGCGGGGACCCCUACGUGCCCGAGGACCCCAAGCUGAAGGACGGCUUCUACAUGACCCCAUGUGUGCUGGCCGGCUGCACAGAUGACAUGAGGUGCGUGAGGGAGGAGAUCUUCGGGCCGGUCAUGUCCAUUCUGCCCUUCGACACGGAGGACGAGGUGCUACGCAGAGCCAACGACACCACCUUCGGGCUGGCCGCGGGCGUCUUCACCAGGGACAUCCAGCGGGCACACAGGGUGGCGGCUGAGCUGCAGGCGGGCGUGUGUUAUAUCAACAACUACAACGUCAGCCCCGUGGAGCUGCCCUUCGGGGGCUACAAGAAGUCGGGCUUCGGCAGAGAGAACGGCCGGGUGACCAUCGAGUAUUACUCCCAGCUCAAGACCGUGUGUGUGGAGAUGGGGGACGUGGAGUCCGUCUUCUGAUGGGGGCCACCUGGUGCCGCUGGCCCCUCAGUGCCUUGGACGCCGCUCACCCGGGACUCAGCGCCCCCCACGGUGCUCCUGGAAGCCCAGCAGGACCGCGGACACCCGCUGGCCUUCAGUUCAGGUCGUCCCUUGAGGCGGCUGACAUAGGGACAGGC